GCCUCUCAGCAGAGGAUGUGUCUGGGAGAGAGAGUGUGUGUGAGGGGAAAAGAGGAAAGCCUUCAGUAGAAUGGAUAUGUGCCCUCUCUCCUCCACCCUUUCUUCUCCUCCUUCUUCUCCUCCUCCUCCUCCUCCUCCUCAGUCUCAUCUCUGUCUUCUUUCUUCACCCUCAUCUGCCUCAUCUGCGUCGCACCCUGGGCACCAUCAGUGCCCGGCCCUCGGGGAAAAGAAGGAGACUCGUCGGGUGGACGUGCAGCAGAAAACUGAACUUCAAUGUCAGCGGGGGAUCAGAAGAAUGGUGACAAACCAGAAGACACGAUGCCAGUGGCGGAGGUGUGGCCAGAGGUGGAGAGGGCAGAGUGUUUGGCCCGCGGAGCGGCCCUGAAGUGGGCGUCGGGCGUUUUCUGUCGACCUGAACAUCUGGAGCGCCUGAGCCAGUACAAGAAGAGAGAGAGCCAGAGGACGACCUCCAUACACACCAGACUCAAGUCCAUGGUCCAGUCGUACCUGGAGGGGGUCGGCUGGGGUCUGGAGCAGCUCCGGGAGGCCAGGGCCGAGCUGAAGGAGGUGUCACACGCCUUGAAGAAAGCUGGACUGGAGGCCAACCGAAACACAGACGGCGUGAAGUCUCUGGAGAGGCUGAGAGAAGUGUCAGUCAACCACUGUCAGCUGCUCGCCGCCGUCAGCAACCUGCCGCGCCUUUACUCCGUACGAAGCAUGGUUUUGGAGACUGAGCGUCUGGUGGAGUCCCGGCGGCUCCUCGAGGCCCACGCCCGGCUGAUGGAUCUGGAGCACUGGCAGGACGACAUCCUGUGGCAGCUCCACGGGGCUGCUGGGACGGCAGGAAGCGCGCUCAGCGCUGAAGACCAGGAGCUGGUGCACAAAUAUUUCUCUGGUGUCGGACAGCUGGUGGACGCCCUCGGUAAGGAGCUGUGGGCCGUGGUGAGCAGCGCUCUGGCUCUGGCCCAACAGAACCCCACGCCGUUUGUCUCGGCGGUGAGGAUAGUGGAGCGGGAGGAGGCCCUCGACCGAGCUUUCCUGGAGGAGAGAGGAGGAACCAGAGGCAACACCAGGCCUCUGCCGCCGGGUCGGCCUCGCUGCUGGAGGGCGUGUUUCUUCCAGGUACUAGAGGAAGCAGUAUCUGCGAGGUUUCGCAGCGUUUCCUACCUGCACACGCGUGGGCCGGGUUUGGCGGGCCACCUCUCUGCUCUCCAGCACGGGAUCAUGGCUGACCUGGCCACCGUACGCCAACUGUUGGAGCACUGUGUCCCACCACACUACCAGCUAACACGAGCCUACCUGAGGGCCAGCCACCAAUGUUUACACGCUCACCUGACGCAGGUUAGCAGCUGGGACCUGGAGAGUGGUGAAAUCUUCGCUGUGCUCAACUGGGUGCUCCACAUCUACAACAGCCCAGACAUGAUGGGACAUCCAGAGCUGGUGGUCGAGAUGGAGAGAGAAGAACUGGGACCUCUCAUCUCCACCGAGGGACUCGAGCAGCUGCAGAACAAAUAUGUGCAGAGUGUUCGGAAGAGUGUGUCAGAGUGGAUGCACAAAGCUCUACAGGUGGAGCUGCAGGACUGGCAGCGAGACCAGGAGCCGGAUACAGACCAUGAAGGGUUCUACCAAACCAGCCUGCCCACUAUCAUCACACAGAUGCUGGAGGAGAACGCCCGGGUGGCUCUGAUGAUCGGAGAAUCCCUACGAGAUCAGACCAUACAGAUGGGGCUGUAUGAGAUGGAGAACCUCCUGAACAGGUUUCGAGAAGCUCUGGUGGAGUUUGGGAAGGAGCAUCGCAGGGAUCUGAGCAACAACAGAAACAAGUUCUACCUCCACUAUCUGCUGGCCUCCAUCAGCAACUGCAUCAUCCUCAAGAAGUCCACAGAGAGCCUGCAGCAGCAGCAGUCGUCCCGGACGGCGGGGCAGUUCUCUCGGACUCCUCCGAACCCUCUGGCAGCUCUGGACCGGGCAGUGAGACGUGCGUGUCGCCUGGUGAUGGAUCAGCUCCUGCUGGACCUUCAGCCUUUCCUCCCAGGCCUGGUGACCCGACCCUGGCUGGUCCAGGGAGGCCCCACCCCCAAACUCUGCAGCAUCCUGGAGCAUCAUCUGGAGCUGUACGGCCGUGUCCGGCCACCCUGCAGACAGCGGCUGCAGGAGGAGGCCCAGUGGCUCAUGGUGGUGGAGUACGUCCGGGCUCUGAUGCAGAAGAAGCUGGUGUGUCGCAACGCCGAGGAGAGGAGGCAGCUCGGCCAGCAGAUGGUUCAGGACGACCAGCAGUUUAGAGAAAUCUUCCAUGGUCUGGAGGGUGAAGGUUCAGUACCUGAAGUGAACCCUUUGGCCUUACUUCCUGUCCUGGCUGACUUCAUCCGACUCAAAGACCCCGGCAUGCUCACUCUGGAAGUUUCUGGACUUGCUGCCAAAUAUCCCGACAUCAGUGAAGAACACGUGUCUGUACUGCUGGACGUCCGUGGCGAUGUCUCCAGGGACAUCAGAGGGGCUGUGCUGGACUUACUGGAGCAGAGCGCCCCACCUCUGCCUGUGGGAUACCGGCCCAUCUUCACCGACAUCCUGGUGCCUCCCUCCACCAUGGCCUUCUGUCUGCCCACCGCCAAGUGUGCAUGACAGUGACUCAAACUGUGGCCCAGACUCAGAUUGUCACAUUUAAAAUCAGGGUGGAAGUGGUCCGUCACACCAGGAGCUCAUAACUCAUUGAUAUGUGGGACCAAACAUGCUGGUGAACGCAUUCCUGCUGAGUUUCAGUUCAUGUCGAUGGAUGUUAUUCAUCCAGACAACAACAGGCCCUUGUUUUUUCUUGCUCCACACACACGUCAUUUAUACUGGGAGCUGCCCAGUGUCACCAUCACUGUCUUCUUUAGUUUCCCACAGAGGUAGGUUCAAGGGUUCAGGGUGUUUUCCUUCACCUCCACUUCGCCAGACAUUUGAGCUGCUGGUCCAGGUCAAACUUCAGGUGUCUGGUCAAUAUUUUAUACUUUGUCACAGCUUGUUGUCUCAGUCCCAGUUCCUCAAAGUGCAAGAAGAUGUCUCCAGUUUCAGAGUGUAAUCCCACUGUGGUAAAGAGCUGUACAGCCAAACAUCAACCAGGUUCCCAGCAGCAGUCAGCCCAGCUCGGCGUCUGUCUUUCAGCCUUUUAUUUCACCAAGCUCUCAC